UUGUAUAUCACCUUUCGAACUUAUUAGAGAGGAACUUGCACUUUCUUUUGGUGAGUAUUACAUAGUGUCUAAGAAUAAGGAUUUCAGAAAAAAAGACCCCUUAAGUGAUGAUACUAUAGAAGACAAAGAUUCUCUUGCGGGUCAGGGGGGAAAGAGAACCGAAGUUACUACGCAUGAUCAAGCGACAAGUCCAAUUGC